AUGGCAAGCAAUUGCGAUCGUAGCGUUCGCAGAAAAUUGAGUGGCAGCGCCACGCAUCACUUGUUGUUUGUUUAUGGGACGUUGAAGAGAGGUCUCACCAACUACAAGCGGUAUUUGGAAGUCUCUGUGAAUCGAGGCGGUGCGAGGUUCGUUGGUUUAGCACGCACCCAAGAGUUGUUCCCGCUGGUCAUUCGGCCUGCAGACAUACUGCCGCCAACGCGUGCUCCUGUUCUGAUGGACGUCCCGGAUACCGGCCAUGCGAUCGAGGGCGAAGUGUUCCAGGUGGACGACAGCACCCUGGCAGGGCUGGACAUACUGGAGGGCGUGGCAUCAGGCAAGUACUACAGGGACUCUAUCGAAGUGCACGUCCGCACCACUUGCUCUGCGGAGGCCCUCCGCCUCACGUGCGCGUGCUACUUCUUCAGGGCCAGGAGCGAGCUGAUGUCGCAGGAGCGCAUCUCACACUACUCUCGGUGCACCACGCGCUGUACAGCCCAGUGGGCGUGGACGAGCGGAUCGUGGCUCUGUGCGGGGGGGAGACGCCGACCCCGAAGGAGGCGCUUGAGCAUGAGGCGCAAGGUCGUGCGGGUCUGCAGACGGGCAAGGCGGUCCCGAUUCCCGGGG